UUCUACUUCCAGGAACUAAAGAUCUCAGUCUGUAACUUUGUAACACUAAUCACUAAGACUAAGUAAAGUUUACUUAAUUUAGUAUUGAUGUGCUUAUUUAUUUAAUAAUUGUGUAAACUUAAUGAAAGUAGGCCUGCACUAGCACAAUAACAAAUUUUUUAUUACCGGUAUAUUUUUCGGUGAGCCUUAAAUUUUAUCUCUGAGUACAAAAGACAUUUAAGCCAUUUAAGCCUAUUCAGAAUAUUCAUCGGGUCCACAUUUUAAAUCCUACUUUUACUUUUAGAUUUACUGUCUGCUUUACACUUGACUACUUUUAUUUUUAACUGAAACAUUUACUAUUUAUUAUUUUUGUUGAAUUAAUGAGAAUAUUUUGUAUACCCAUGUACUAUAUGUAGCGUAACCUCUGUAGGGCCUACUCCAUAGUCCAUAGACUAAGCCUUAGUGAAAGUUAGUGCCUUAGUUAGGGACCAUCCAUAGUUCAUAUUCAUAUUCAUGACAAAGUACAAAACACAGUCAUAGUCCGAUCAUAGCCGUAGCCAUACUGUACUCAUACUGAAUGAUUGGGCAAACAUAUAUUCAUAUAAAUAUAAAUAAAAACAUGCCAUGCACAUGGCAUUCAAUUCAUUUUCAUAUUUCAUUCAUUAUCAUUAACUAGUAUAGUUAUUCAGUAAAAAUUAAAUACUACUUUUUACUAGUAAAAUUGGGGAACCUAAAACUUUAAAACUGACCUUAUCAGAUGAUCAAUGCCAAAUUAUAGGAACAGAUUGAGAGCUAAGUCAUGGAGUCAUGAGUCUGUGUUAGAUAGUAAGUAUUAUGUAUUGUAUGUAGGGGCAGGGAAUGAUUAUUUAAAAUAGAGUGGUAGGUUGCUCAACAUAUUAGUUUAGCUUAAACCAAAUGAUGGUAUUCGAUGAUUUUCAUAAUUUCUUUUUGCAGUUUUCUAAAGAACAUGGCCCCCAAUGAUCACCAUAAUUGCAAUCAAGCUAGCAGCAGUUACUGAAUUUCACUGAGAUAUCACAGAAAUGACGGGGUGGAUGACAAAAUAUGGGUUUAUACAGACACUAUUUAAAUCAGAAUUAAUUAACUGCUGCUCAAGAACUGAGUUUCAUAAAUUCUCGUUGUUUUUGCUGCAGUUAAAUUCCAAAAAAUCAUCACACCAUUUGUGUAACUCAAAGUUUCAUACAAAUGGCAACCUGGUAAUACAGAAUAGUAGUCAUGAAAAUGUUGAUUCAAAUGAUAAGUGUAUUUCAAAUAUUGAUAGUUGUGAAGAUACAAAUAGCACUGAGAGGCUGGUGGGAAUGACCCGAGGUAAACAAACAAAUAGUUUAAAUAAAUUAUAUAAUUUUGUCAUUUGCAAAUAGUAUGAUUGAAUAUAAAAAUAUUCCAUUAGACCAAAAUGUACUUCUUAACUAGAGUAUUAUGAACUGAUAGCAUGAACAAAAACUUUGUCCAAUGAAAAUAACUUAAAGUGAGGCAAUAUUAAAUUUUUUAAAUGACAAUGAAGCAUCUAGAAAAUUACAUUUGGGGCAGCACUGUCAAAAUAAUGUAAUACAUUUCCGAAUAGGAAAGUUUUGUAAUUAUAACUUGAAUUAGAUUUGGUAAUUAAGCUCACCCAAAAUUUGCAUCAUUUUAGGUGUGUAUUUCUUCUUAACAUCUCUUUGUAGACUCGCAAAGGUUCAGAGCUCUUCUUAAACCAGAUUCUCCACCAGGGUCAAAAUUGCUGCGUGUAGCAAUUAUUGGCAGGCCCAACUGUGGAAAGUCAACACUUACAAAUGCCUUACUGGGUUGGAGGGUCAGUUGUGCUUUUAUUAAUACUCAAUAAAAAUGAGGUUGCAUGAUUUGUUAAACUCUUAAACUAAUGAAGAUAUACAUUUCAAGAUAAUAGGCUGAUUUUUCAUAUAUAAUCAAUCAUUUUAUUUCUGUCUAAACAGGAUCAUUGCUACUCUAUUGACUAUGGUCGAAUAGUGUUUUGUAAUGGUUUAAUUUAAUCCUAAUUGCAUUGUUAUGAAAGAAAACUGUCAGAUUUGGAAAUGUUUCAGCAUAUCUGAUGACAAAAAUAGGAUAGUCUGUUCAGUGUACAAAUGAUUGUAUCUCAUAUGAAUAUCUUCUUUGAAAUCACAAAAUACAAUUACACCUGAAAAUCUCCUGUUUCAUAUUUCAAAAUAACUUUUGUACUAAAUUUCUAUUUUUUUUAUUUUACACUAAGAUGACAUUUUUAUUUACUUCUUUGUUAUCCCUAUUUAUAUUUUUCCAAAUAGUAAAAAUAACAAUAUGCCAGCUCUAGUCAAAAAAAUUAAAAUUAAAUAUCUUUUAAAACUUUAUAUAAAAAUUGAAUUUUCAUUAAAAAAAAAACUCUUGUGAUAACAAUUUUUAAAACAAAAUCUUGACAUUUGACAGUCAGUUCAUGCAGGAUAAAUAUUGAACAAGUUUGGGUUGUUUGUUUUUUAACAAGCUCCUUUUUAUAUAUAUGUUUUUUCUUUCAGGUAUCAUCUGUUUCAGGGAAAGUUCACACAACUAGGAAAAAUACUUUGGCCAUAUUUACAGAAGAUGAAACACAAAUUGUAUUUCUUGACACUCCUGGAAUAUUGCAGCCAGGGAGUAGGAAAAAGUAACCAGACUUUUAAUAACUUGUUUGAAAUACUUGACUGAGAUGGAAUUAUGUGACUGCAUAGAAAUAUCAGAGAGCUAUAGAAAUUUGACUGGGCUAGAUGUAUGACAAAAAUAUCAAAUAUUUUACAGAUAGGUGCUAUAGACACAUCUUACAUUUACAUAAUAACCAAAGUUAGUUUUAUAUAUUACAAUAUCAAAAAAUAAAUAAAUGUGGAUCUCUUCUUUCAAUAAUCUAUUAUAGAUUAUUGAAAGGAGAGAUAUACAUUUUUUUAAUAGACUAUAAAAUAUAUAAAUAUAUAUCAUUAAUUAAAUCUAACAGUAUGAUUAAUCAUUAUUGCUAAUCUUUGAAAUAUCUGCAUCUGGCCAGCCUUUAUUUAAUCAAUAUUCAUUUUAAUACUGUAAUAUUUAUUUAAUUCAUUUUUCAAGAAUUUAUGUUAAAACAGUUUUUUGGUUCCUUGCACUGGUAAUGAUAUUGUUAAAUAUUUUUAUUCUUUCUUUUUAGGCAUAACUUGGAAAAGACUCUGGAACUAGAUCCUGUUAGGAGUUUAGCAUCUGCUGAUUUAGGUAAGAUAUAUCUUUUAAAAUUAAAGAAAAUUGUCAAAGGUUUGAGAAUCACUAUUGGUUUUUGGUGGUUUAGAGUAAGUUGUGUUCACCAGAAGAAGUGUGAGUGUAAGUGAACAAGGCUUGGUGAGAUUGUCAUUGAUGAUGGACAGGAGGGUGUAUAUAUAUCUAUAUUUAGUGUGUCAGGAGAGAGAUGUGAAUUAUGAUGCGUACAUGGAGUAGUGAGAGAUAAGGGAUUAAUUUGAAAGGAUUAUUAUAGCCUGUUGUUAAUAUGGAUUUAAUUAUGUGAUUGUAGAAAUUCUAAACUUAUUAUUAGUGACUUUUGGUUGUAGGGAUUUUGGUAUAUGAUUUUUCGGAUAAUAAAGGAGUCCGUUAUUUGACAUCUAAUAUUCAGGACUUUUGUGACUUGGGAAGCAAGGCUGUCAGCUCAGUACGGAGUAGCAGAGCAUAAUUGUGCAUGUGUAUGACAUGAUCCACCACAAGUGUAAUAGCAGCAAUAGUAGUAGUCCAGAGACUCAAAUAAAAUAUUAGACAAGUUUUUCUUCAGUCUUUAUGUUCUCCGAAAGAAUCACUGAAAAUCUGUGCUAAAAUGUGUAUACAAGGUACUUGGUGGUAACAAUGAUAACAUUUCAGUGAACUUUUUCCCCACAGUGACAGCAAUGGUGGAUGUGUCCCAUACCUUUUCAACAUCAGAACUAGAUCCCAACCUGCUGCAGAUUCUCUACUUGUACAGACAUAUUCCAACUAUUUUGGUCUUAAAUAAGGUGCUCAUUAACUAACACAAAGUUUGAAUGUAUUGCUGUCUUAGUUAUGACUGGGAUCUUGGAAAGGGUUCGGUAAUAGUUACCCAAAUUUACACAAAAGUAAUAUAUUUGUUAUUGUAAAUAAUUAAAAACACAUCUAAACAGAUUAAUUUAAAUUCAUUUUAGACAAAAAUUAUAAGAGAUGUAUUUUUCCUAAGGAAAAUAUUUUUUGAGCAAAAAAUGCAUUAAAAAAAUUCUAAAGCGAUUUGCAUCAAGUAUUAACAUUUAGUUAUAAUUUUUGUGAGCAAAAUCCAUUUUAUCUUUUGUUAUCACCUAAGUUGUAUUAAUGAUAAAUUGUAGUACAAAUAAUCUACUUUUCUCAUUUACAGGUGGAUUUAGUUAAAAAACGUAGUUCCCUGUUGCAAGCGAUCCGCCUCCUCACAGAUGGUGUUGUAGGUGGCCACUACCUCAUGAAAGAAAGUCAGAACAAGAAAAUAAAAAAAAAUGCCCUCUUUGAUGCUGCUGAUAAAAUUUUAGAUCAAAGAAAAAAUGAAAACAAUAAUGAUGGACAAACUUUGCUGUCAGGGUUCCAAGAUGCUAGUUCAGAAAAAGCCAGUAAGUGUGUCAGAAAUAUUGAUUCAUCUUUGCUAAUCAACUACUAUUAUUCAUCUUGUUUAACCGUCAAAAGCAGCAAUGGUGCUUUUUGGUGCAGAUACUAAAUUUCCUUUAUUCUCAUAAAAUAAAGUAACCUAUUAAAAAAUAAAGUAACAUAAAAAAUAAAGUAACUGUUCUGGUAUUUUUAGUGUUAUUGUUUAUAAUUGCCUGUAUUUUUUCAUUUUUAAAGAUCCAUAAUUGAAUGCAUUACUAUUAAUACUUAAUAUAGAAAUGCAUACACUCAUCAGGAUUUUUUGCUAUUGCUUGCAGAGCUGCCAGAGCAUCUCUUGAUCCCAGAUGAGAAAACUAAAAAAAUGGAAGAGCUUUCUUGGGACGAGUACUUUGACAAACAGAGAGGAGCUCACAAGGCUGUGAGAGACCAGAAGGGCUGGCCUUUAUUCAAAGAGGUGUUUGUCAUUUCAUCUGUGACAGGAGAGGGACUGCCACAGCUAAAGGUAAAUAUUGUGUUGUUUCUGUUAAGGGGACUAUUUUUUUUUUAAAUUUCAAUUUGAGAACAAAAGCCGAGCCCAAUGAUCAUGAUAGUUUUUGUGAGCGAAAAGAUUUUUCAUUUAUAAUCCUCACAGUUGAUUAUAGUUUUAAAAAAAAUUUAAUUUUGAAAAUUUUCCUUCCUCUGUUCUUAGUAUAAGAGUAACAUUGAACACCUGCCAUGCCCCUAACAAUAAUACACUAAAAUUUAACACAAAACAAAAAACAAAUAAAUGAAUAUUAAUUUUAUGUACUGCUGCAUGUCAUGUCUUGUGCUGUUACAAUUACCACCUCCCCAGAGGUUCCUCUUAGAUCAGGCCACCCCGAGGCCUUGGGACUACCACAGCAGUCUGGUGACGGACCAGUCACCUCAGGAGGUGGUCAUCAUGUGUGUCAGGGAGAAGCUGUUGGAUAACCUCCAGAAUGAGGUGCCAUAUCAGCUCGGCCUGGUGAGAAUACUGAAUUGACAAGACUAACUCUUAAAUGCUGACAGUGAAUGUAAAAAUAUGUGAGGAAAGGAGAGAUAUAGACUGCCUCAUCUCAAAUAAAUAUAGCAAUUAGCAGUUAUAUAAAAUAAUUUAAAUUAAAUAAUACUAAAUCAAAUGUCAAAAUUAAAUUUGUCCUUCAUCAGUGGUCUUAAGUGUUGUGAUAUCAAUAAGUUUAAGUGAUUUAUUACCUAGGAUGCAUGUUACAUAGGUUUUUAUCCAAGAAUUAUAACCUGUCAGUUUGGUUAUCAUGUUGUCUAUUCUCUGGCAUUAGGAUCUUGUUGUGAUGGAAGUUGACCCCGAGGAUGGUCUCCUCAAUGUUGUUGUUAAUAUUUACUGUGAGACAACCAGACACUUGGUGAGUAGAACAAUGCAGUGAUAUGUUGGGCUGAAUGGGUCGGUUGUGAACUUUGAGCUUCUGCUUUGGUGGGACUUGAAGGUAGUGUUAAAAGCACUGCACCAAUUGUCACCUUCUUCUCAACUUGACUGUGCAACGCCACACCUUUUUGUGAUGCACCAAUUUUGAUAUUGAACUUUGUGACUUGUCAAUAAAACACUGAGACAAUUCUUUUGUCUACAGACAAUAUUCCUGGGUUCCAAUGGGAAGAUGAUCCAGACAGUGGCCAGCCAGGCCAAGCAAGCCAUGAUGGACACAUUCAGAUGUGAUGUCAGACUUAAGCUGGUGGGGAAGCUCAGAGAAAGGAAGAACAAAUAACCAUAGUGAGAGUAUCAGAUUAUUGUUAGUGUGACUUUUGUGAUACAGGUGAUGGAAGAUUAUAGAGGUUUUUUUUUCCCAGCAUAAUGCAGACAAAGAAAUAUGACUAUUUGUUAGCAAUUUUAUAUUAAAAUCUUUUUCUGUAAAAAUGUCUGAAUUUGUUAUAUCAGUGUAUUGAGCCUGUUCAUUAAUCUGUAACUUAAGUGAAUAAAUUCAUGUGUCAACCAGAAGUAAAUAAAUAUUUUUAUUUUUUUUAAUUAUUGAUAUUCUUACUGUAACUACUUUUUAUGUUUUUUCAUGUGCACAG